CUCUUUGCAACUCCCGAAUAAGCACAAUUCUGUGUGGGUACAACAAGGUACUCCCGCAUGUACAAAAUUCUGUGUUUAUACAUCAAGGUGUAUUGAGACUAGGUAUUGCAAAUUGUUCCUAAAAACACACAGCCCGCCACAAACGGCACCCCCCCCCCCUUCUUGCAACGAUAAUACAAUCCAGCAUGAUCUCGUGAGGCGAAGAACAUAUCCAUUUUUUGCUGCUCGCUUAGGUUUAGGCUUCGUGGACCGUGUACCGUACGUGGCACUGUUAUUACUGUUCAGGUGCUUCUUGACAAAGAGAAAGUGGCACGGAACAACUUGGAGCACCUGUUGCAACAAAAGCAAGCGGAGGCCGAGAUAUCAGCGCAGCAGAACGGGCAUCUCAAGUGGGAGGUGGACGCCUUGCGGGUGGAGCUAAAGGACAACACGGAGCGGUCUAAAGGGUGGCUUCAGGAGGAAGCGGCGAGGAGAAGGUCGGUCGAGGACGUUCUUACCAGGGAGCACGCCGUGGCCGAGGAAUACCUCCGAGGUGUAUACGGCGAAGGCAACGGGCCGGACAUUGGGAACGAUGGUGAAACAACCGUCGCGGAGGUCCUAGUUCGCGAGCUCCGGGCACUUGGGGAAACGCUGAGGGAACGGGAUCGUGAGCUGGGGGCCUGCGCGGAGCGGCUGGAUGAAGUGGUUGGUGAUGCCAAGACCGAACGCUCAAGGCAAGCGCGAGACCGUUCAAGAGCAGCUCAGCUUCACUCAAGAGCGUUUCGAAGCCGCAAAGCACAAGUCUCGGCAGCUGGCCGGCCAGCUGGGGAACGAGGCCGCCGCCAAUGAGGAUCUACGGGCGCGGAUGCACGCUUUGGAAGAGGAGAACGAUAUCAGGACAAGGUCCCUGUUGGAGCGGAAGGCGAAGGCUCAGCAGCGCAAGAGGGGGGACGCGCGAGACAUGAUGGCCGAGAGCAAGGCGAAGGAUGACCGGAUCAAGCGCCUCGAGUCGACCCUCAUGCAAGAGCGGGCUAGGCUAGAAGGAGAGCUCCGGUCGGCGAGGUCGGACUACGAGGAAGCCGCCAAGGAGAGCAGGCGCAAGGCCGCUCGCCUUCAGAGGAGAUGCUUAGAGCUAGAAUACCGAGUUGCGACACAAUCACAAGGCUCCGAAACAAACGGUAACGGCGGCGGCAUUCCCCCCCCGGAAGCCUCGAUAUCUUCUUCUUCGGCGUCGGCAGGCGGCCUGCGAAGCAGGGCCUCCGCGGCGAACGGCAACCCCCUGGCCGCCACCGCCGUGCUCCAUUCCACCGUACAUGGCCAUCGCCAGCCGGUCUUGACCGAUCCCGACACGUUUUGUUAG